AAGAGAAGGCAACUGACUUAAAGGGGCUUAAAAGCAGGGACUGGAUGGAGAAAGAGCUAGAUCGGCUAAGGGAAAGUUAAUGAAGUGCAGCUGAUCUCUCCCCUCCCCCACUUGGUCAUUACCAAAAUUAGAGAAUUCUGGAGAGAAGGUGGAAGGAGCACAUAUUUCCUCAUCAUGAGAAAAAGCCUGAAGCCUUUCUUCCUCCUGGGUUUCAUCAUCCAUAUACUCUGUUCCCUGGCUGAAACCAUAGAGCAGGCAAAUAGAUGUGACAAGAAGACGCUGAUUACCACCAGGACGGAGUGUCGAUCUUGUAGUCUCAACCUUCGAAUCAAUUGUCCAGAAGGUUACACUAAAGUGACCAAUGGCUCCUCAGGAGUGCGAGACUGCAGAUAUUCCUUCAAGGUCAGAGAUUAUGCCCUGUCUCUUCCUGGAUGCCGACAUAUAUGCAGGAAGGAAUAUGUACAACCCCUGUGCUGCCCAGGAUUCUGGGGUCCAGACUGCAUGGAAUGUCCUGGAGGAGAGAAGACCCCUUGCAGUGGCAGGGGGAGUUGUUCCGAUGGCAUCGAAGGAAACGGAAGCUGCAGUUGUUCGGAAGGAUUUGGUGGAACAGCUUGUGAAACCUGCGCCGAGGAGAACCUGUUUGGACCCAACUGCACUUCAGUUUGCAGCUGUGUCCAUGGCGUGUGCAACAGUGGACUGGACGGAGAUGGAGCAUGCUUGUGCUACUCUGCCUAUUCGGGCCCCAACUGCGAUGAGCCAAUCCCACAGUGUGAUGCUUUGUUAUGCCCAGAAAAUUCCAGAUGUUCUACUUCCAGCAUAGAUGAGUCCGUAUUAGAAUGCAAAUGCAUUCCCAAUUACCAAGGAGAUGGCCGGCACUGUGAGCCUAUCAACCCAUGUUCGCAAAAGGUCUGUGACAGUAACGCCCAUUGUACUUAUCUGGGACCAAAUCGACAUCGAUGUACCUGCCAAGAUGGUUACAAAGGGGACGGCCAAGUGUGUGUGCCUGUAGACCCUUGCCAAGAAGACUUUGGAGGCUGUCCCACUCAGUCCACAGUGUGCCAAUACGAUGGCCCUGGAAAGUCCCACUGCGAGUGUAAAGAACAUUACCAGAAUUUUGUCCCAGGCCUGGGCUGCAGCAUGAUGGACCUCUGCGAAUCCAGCAAUCCAUGUGACAAAAAUGCCGACUGCACCAUGAGGGCGCCCGGCCAAACAGAGUGUACUUGCCAGAAAGGCUAUGUGGGUGAUGGAUCCACGUGCUACGGGAACAUUAUGGAACGGCUGCAAAACCUCAACAUGGAACCCAGAGGACAGUGGCAAGGAAAACUGACUUCGUUCAUUUCACUCCUGGACAAAGCCUAUGCCUGGCCUCUCAGCAACCUGGGACCUUUCACUGUGCUAGUACCAACAAACAAGGGGUUAAAAGGAACAAAUGUCAAGGAGCUUUUGAUGGAUAAAGAGAAUGCUCAGUACUUCGUGAAACUCCACAUCAUUGCUGGCCAGGUAGACACCGAAGGACUGAACAGCACAGACACCUUUUAUACCUUGACUGGCAAGUCAGGGGAAAUAUUCAACGGAGACAAGGACAAUCAACUUAGGCUCAAACUCAGUGGAGGAAAAAAGAAAGGAAAGAUCGUACAAGGGAACAUAAUUGCCUCCAACGGACUCUUGCACAUCAUUGAUAAGGCCAUGGACAAGAUGGCACCUGUGUUUGAGAGCAGCACAGAGCAAACCAUAAUGGCGAUGCUACAGCCAAGAUACAGCAGAUUCAGGUCCCUGUUGGAGGUAACAAAUGUGGGCCAAGCCUUAGAUGAGGGUGGCAUUGGUGGACCAUAUACUGUCUUUGUUCCAAGUGAUGAAGCCUUGAACAGCAUGGAGGAUGGCAUUCUGGACUAUCUCCUCUCCACAGAGGGCUCUCGGAAACUUCUGGAACUUGUCCGAUAUCAUAUUGUCCCAUUUACUCAGCUGGAAGUUGCCAACAUCAUCUCCAAACCCUACAUCAGGAGCAUGGCCAACCAGAUCAUCCAGUUUAAUACAACCAGCAAUGGACAAAUCCUGGCCAAUGACGUGGCCAUGGAAGAAGUGGAAGUGGCUGCCAAAAAUGGCCGAAUCUAUACCCUCACCGGAGUUCUCAUCCCUCCCUCCAUUGUCCCCAUUCUUCCCCAUCGGUGUGAUGAGACACAGAGGGACAUGAAGCUGGGCACAUGUGUGAGCUGUGGCAUGGUGUACUGGAGUGUCUGUCCUGCCAGCUCGGAACCCUUGAGCCUAUUUACAUCCAACUGUGUUUAUGAUCGCAAGAUAGGGAGUGAGAAAUUUCCUAGCAAGGGCUGUGCCAGAUACUGUAACUCCACCGUAAAGAUACCCAAGUGUUGCAAAGGCUUCUACGGUCCAGACUGUAACCAGUGUCCAGGAGGAUUUUCCAAUCCGUGCUCUGGAAAUGGACAGUGUGCUGAUGGGCUCAGUGGUAAUGGAACUUGCAUUUGUGAUGAUGGAUUCCAAGGCUCUCACUGUCAAUUCUGCUCUGAUUCUGGGAAAUAUGGACCCCAGUGUGAAAAAAAAUGUUUGUGUGUUCAUGGGAAGUGUGAUAAUCGAAUAGACAGUGAUGGGGCCUGCCUUCCUGGAACCUGUAAGGAUGGAUCAGCUGGAAAGUUCUGUGAUAAGCAGACCACAGCAUGUGGCCCCUAUGUCCAAUUCUGUCAUAUCCACGCAAACUGUGAAUACAGCACCAGAGUUGCCAGCUGUGUCUGCAAACAAGGAUAUGAGGGCGAUGGGACCAUUUGCACAGAAGUAGACCCUUGUGCAGGAAUCAUCCCAGGAGGCUGCAGCAGCAAUGCAGAAUGUGUUAAAACUGGCACAGGAACCCACAUGUGUGUCUGCCAACCUGGAUGGACUGGGGAUGGAAGAGACUGCACAGCAAUUAACAACUGCUUGCUCCCCAGCUUUGGAGGUUGUCACGAUAAUGCAAGCUGCUUGUAUGUAGGUCCUGGCCAGCAUACCUGUGAGUGUAAGAAGGGAUUCCGAGGCAACGGGAUGGACUGUGAACCUGUAACGUCGUGCUUGGAACAAACAAGGAAAUGUCAUCCCCUGGCGACAUGCCAGUCCACUUCUUCCGGCCUCUGGAGCUGUGUUUGCCAGGAUGGUUAUGAAGGAGAUGGCCUGAUGUGUUAUGGAAAUGUAGCUGUGGAACUGUCCCUUCUGUCCGAAGCCACCGUAUUUAACCAAUGGGUAAAUGAAGCCUCUUCGCAGGCAAUGCUCGCAGAUGCCUCCAAUCUUACAGUCCUGGUGCCUUCCCAACAAGCCAUCAAGAAUAUGGAUCAGGAUGAGAAGAACUUUUGGUUAUCAAAAAGCAACAUUCCAACCCUAAUCAAGUAUCAUGCCCUGGUGGGCACCUACAGAACCUCAGACCUCCAGAUCCUGUCCUCUUCAGACAUGCUUGCAACAUCUUUGCAAGGAAAUUUUCUUCGUUUAGCUAAAGUGAAUGGGAAUAUCACCAUCGAAGGAGCUAACAUCGUGGACAGCGACAACACAGCUACAAAUGGCGUCAUCCAUGUCAUUGACAAGGUCCUGUUACCCCAAAGAAGUAUGAGUGCCUCAUUACCCAACCUUCUCAACCGACUGGAUCAGAUGCCUGACUAUUCCAUCUUCCGGGGCUACAUCAUUCAAUAUAAUCUGGCCACUGCAAUUGAAGCUGCUGAUACCUACACAGUAUUUGCCCCAAAUAAUGAAGCCAUUGAGAAUUACAUCAGGGAAAAAAAGGCCGGCACACUAGAAGAGAGCAUACUCCGGUAUCACAUUAUUCUAGAAGAGAAACUCCUGAAGAAUGAUCUACACAACGGCAUGCAUCGAGAGACCAUGCUUGGAGUUUCAUACCUCGUUGGCUUCUUUCUCCAAAAUGGCCAGCUCUAUGUAAAUGAGGCCCCCAUCAAUUACACCAACGUGGCCACUGACAAAGGUGUCAUCCACGGUUUGGGGAAAGUCCUGGAAAUCCAGAAGAACCGAUGUGAUAGCAACUACACUACUAUUUUACGAGGAAGGUGUGAAUAUUGUUUUCUAAAGCAAUGCCCUCCUGGAACCAAACUUGUGGAUGGAGAGUCAAAGAAAUGCGUCUAUGUGACUUUCUUCAUGGGAAAGAGAUCUUUGCAUAUUGGAUGCCAGACAAAAUGUGUCAAGACAGUGAUUACCAGAGAAUGUUGUGCAGGCUUCUUCGGGCCUCAAUGCCAACUCUGUCCUGGCAAAGCCGGGAAUGCUUGCUUUGGGAAUGGCAUCUGCCUAGAUGGAGUGAACGGCACCGGAGUAUGCGAGUGCGAGGGAGGCUUCAGUGGGACGGCCUGCGAGACGUGCACGGAGGGCAAAUACGGUUCCAACUGUGACCAAGUAUGCAGUUGUGUCCAUGGACAAUGCAGCCAAGGGCCCAACGGCGAUGGAUCCUGUGCAUGUGACGUUGGCUGGAGGGGCGUGAAGUGUGACACCGAGAUCAAGGAAGAUGAUUGUAACAACACUUGCCACACUAGUGCUAACUGCCUUCUCAAUUCCGACGGUACAGCUCACUGCAAGUGUGCAGCUGGUUUUCAAGGGAACGGGACCAUUUGCACAGCAAUUGACGCCUGUGAAAUCAGCAAUGGGGGCUGCUCCACCAAAGCGGACUGCAGGAGGACCACGCCAGGAAAACGAGUGUGUGUUUGCAAAGCAGGAUACACUGGAGAUGGCAUCAUAUGCCUAGAAAUCAACCCCUGUUUGGAAAACAAUGGUGGCUGUGACCAAAAUGCAGAAUGCACCCAGAUUGGACCCAACCAGGCUGCCUGUAACUGUUUGCGAGGCUAUGAAGGAGAUGGUAAAACAUGCACAUUCAUCAAUGUCUGUUUAACGAGGAAUGGUGGCUGCAGCGAGUUUGCUAUCUGCAAUCAGACUGCUAUAGAAGAAAGGACCUGUACCUGCAAACCAGGCUACAAGGGAGAUGGGUUCAUCUGCCGGGGGCCCAUCUACCUGGAACUUCCUAAAAAUACCGAUACCACCCCCUACUUCUUUCAUCUUCAGGAAAAUACCAUUCGAGACCUGAUGGGCCCAGGUCCCUUCACUGUCUUUGUGCCUUUGAGGGAAGCUUUAGAGAAUUCAUCCCAGACCCAGGUUAAAGAGUGGACCACCCAGGGGGUCAUGCCACAGAUCCUUCGAUACCAUGUGGUCUCCUGCCACCAGUUGCUCUUAGAAAGCCUAAAAUCGAUUCCAAGAAUGACUUCACUCCAAGGGGAAGCUAUCCACAUCACUGUGUCCCAGGAUACAGUGUAUUUAAAUGGCAAAGCUAAGAUAGUCUCCAGUGAUAUCAUCUGUAGCAAUGGGGUGAUCCACACCAUAGACCAAGUGCUGGUUCCAAAAAAUCUGCAAGAAAUCCGCAAAGAUGCAUCUGGGAAUCAUAUGGAGAAUCUCACCUCAGUAGCAAUUCACCAGGGAUACUUGAAGUUCAGCAGCAUACUACAGGAUGCUGGUUUGCUAAGUGUCAUUAAUGACCCCAUUCACAAACCCGUAACCCUGUUUUGGCCCACGGACAAAGCUCUGGAGGCCCUUCCCCAGGAACAACAGGAUUUCCUGUUCGGUAAAGACAACAAGGAUAAACUAAAAGAUUACCUCAAGUUCCACAUCAUCAGAGAUUCCAAGAUCUUGGCAGUGGACUUGCCCAGUGUCGCAUCCCGGAAGACUCUACAAGGUUCUGAACUCAGUGUGAAAUGCGGUGAUGAGAACAACAUUGGUGACCUCUUCCUGAAUGACCAGAAGUGCCGGAUUUUCCAGCGGCAGCUCGAGUUUGAGAGUGGUAUUGCUUAUGGUAUUGACUGCAUGCUGAUGAACCCCAGCUUGGGGGGCCGCUGUGACAACUUCAUUAUCUUCAACAUCUCGGGAAACUGUGGAAGCUGCUACAACAUUCCUCGUUGCCCAACGUGGAGUAAGCCAAAGGGAGUGAAGCAAAAGUGUAUUUAUGACCUGCCCUUCAGGAGGAACCUGGAAGGCUGCCAGCAGAAAUGUACGAUGGUUAUGAGGCUGCCUAAAUGCUGUAAGGGCUACUUUGGGAGAGAUUGUCAAGCCUGUCCCGGAGGACCCACGACACCAUGCAAUAACCGGGGUGUCUGCAUUGAUGAGUACUUUGGGGGUGGCGAGUGCAAAUGCAACACUGGGUUCAAUGGAACGGCAUGUGAACUGUGCUGGCCUGGAAGAUACGGACCAGACUGUAAAUCCUGUGAAUGCUCAGAACAUGGAACGUGUAAUGACGGCAUCACCGGCUCUGGGGACUGCUUCUGUGAAGCAGGCUGGACUGGGCGAUUCUGUGACACUCAGCUAGCUUUGCUCCCCGUGUGCACCCCGCCAUGUUCUAAAUAUGCCACCUGUAAAGAGAAUGGCACGUGUGAGUGUAACCUGCAUUAUGAAGGGGACGGGAUAACAUGUACAGUUGUAGAUUAUUGCAAGCAGAACAACGGGGGCUGCUCGAAGGUUGCCAAGUGUUCCCAGGUGGGCAUGGUGGUGACCUGCAACUGCCAAAAAGGCUACAAGGGAGAUGGGCACAUCUGCACUGCUGUGGACCCUUGUGCAGAUGGACUCAAUGGAGGGUGUCAUGAACAUGCAGUUUGUACCAUGACAGGACCGGGCAAGCACAGGUGUGAAUGCAAAAGCCACUAUGUGGGUGAUGGCUUGGACUGUGUUGUGGAACAGCUCCCCAUUGACAGAUGCUUACAAGACAAUGGGCAGUGCCACGCAGAUGCCAACUGUGCAGACCUCCACUUCCAGGAUGCAACCGUUGGCGUCUUUCACCUACGCUCUCCCCGAGGCCAGUACAAGUUGACCUUUGAUGAAGCCAAAGAAACAUGCUCUAAGGAAGAAGCAACGGUGGCCACCUACAUUCAGCUCUCCUAUGCCCAGAAGGCCAAAUACCAUCUCUGUUCAGCUGGUUGGCUCAAUGAUGGGAGGGUGGCCUAUCCAACUGCUUACUCCUCCCAGAACUGUGGUUCAGGCUUCGUUGGCAUCGUGGACUACGGGGCAAGGCCCAACAAAAGCGAACAGUGGGAUGUCUUCUGCUACCGAAUAAAGGAUGUGAACUGUACCUGUAAGGCUGGCUACGUGGGAGAUGGCUUUGCUUGUAGUGGCAACCUCCUGCAGGUUCUGAUGUCCUUCCCCUCCCUGGGAAACUUCCUUUCGGAAAUUCUGGUAUAUUCCAAUAGCUCAUCUAGAGGCAAAGCAUUCCUGAAGCACCUGACUGACCUGUCGACCCACGGUACACUCUUUGUACCAAACAAUGACGGACUCUGGGAAAACAAGACACUUUCUGGAAGAGACAUCGAACACCAUCUCUCCAAUGCCAGCACUUUAUUUUAUGAAGAUUUGGUCAAUGGCACCACCCUACAGACCCGGCUAGGUGGCCAACUACUCAUUACCUAUGGACAGGACCCACUUCACACAAAUGAAACCAGAUUUGUCAAUGGACAAGCUAUCCUCCAGUGGGAUAUUUUUGCUUCCAAUGGAAUAAUCCACAUAAUUUCAGGGCCUUUGAAAGCACCUCCUGCACCAAUUGUUUCUGCUCAUGCUGGUUUGGGAGCAGGAGUAUUCUUCGCCAUCAUACUGAUCACUGGGGCCAUCGCGUUAGCUGGGUAUUCUUACUUCAGGAUAAAUCGCAGAACAAUUGGCUUCCAGCAUUUUGAGCCAGAAGAGGAUAUAGAUGUCACAGCCCUCGGCAAACAGCCUUCCUCGAAUAUCUCCAACCCCAUGUACGAGAGCACGACCACGCAGCCUCCAGAACCCGCCUACGACCCUUUUUCGGAUGCUGAUGAACAGCAGCUUGUGACUAGUGGUGCCCAAGACCUUUAAGAUGACCAGGAGCUGCAGGGACCAGCUGUGAAGUGCCCCCACGUUGGGGCUUGCAGAGAAGCCCACAACCGGCCGAUGCCAACUGUGAAUACUUAGGGCCAGCCAAGGUUCUGGAAUGUCGAAGUGGGAAACACUCCAGCGUCGUACCUCAUCUCUUUGUCUGUUCUCACCUGGGGUGGGGGUGGGGCACAGAAACAUGCCUUUCCUCCUAGUCCACGGUUCAGCCCAACGAGAAGACCAGCCAUUUCCCUGAACUUGACAUUCGUGAAAGUUGCCCACAAGUUGCUUGGAACAAUGGUAAGAGCCAACGUUAACAUAGCUCUGUAAGGAUUCCGAAGUCCUUUAUACACAUCAUCUCUUGUGUCCUCAAAAUGACCCUGGGAGGUAGGUGCUCUUAUCAUCCCCAUUUCACAGAUGAUGCAGCUGAGUCAGACAGAGGUUAAG